AUGCGGCGUGCUCCACCAGUCGCGGGUGCCGAUUGCUGGGCUCGCGAAGACCCUGCCAACACCAAGCCAGCUGGUGGGGAUGAUGGAUGCGAGGGGCUGCUGGGUGGUCGUGCAGCACUUCGCGCUCCAUGGCUGGCGGUUCGCAUGCUGUCGCGUCCAGCGCCCUGGCGUCCUCCAGGCAGCGGCCCUUUGCGUAUUCUAGUCAAAUCCAUCAUCCAUUUUUGUGGACGUCAUUUAACGGGAGACGCCCAGACCCGGCGCCGUUGCAUGGUGGGCCAUGUGCACAAGCGGGCCUUUGCACCUCCAAUUUUUGCCGAGGCACGGCACUAA